CUCUCCUCUUCUCUCCCCACUCUCCGGUCACCUCGGAGAGGCGCUCUGAUUUGUUUCGCUGCCGGCUCACGUGACUAGCCAAGAAGCCGCCCUCGAAACGCACCGCAGAAGUUGGUGAGCCGGCGGCGCCGGCGGCAGAGUGCGCGUGUGCGCUGAGAUGCGCGGAGCUCGCAAUAUUCCUACCUUUAAAGCCAAGCGCCAGCCGGGGUUGGAGGAAAGCAGUGAGUGCUUUGUUAGCGUAGUAGCCCAGAUGUGCCCAGGGCAGCAAGAGGGGAGGCAGGAGAGGGAAGGCUGCUGCUGGCAGCUGAAGGAUGAAGUCCCCUCCUUGCUGCAUGUCCCUUUCUUCUGGGGCAUCUGGAGAAGAACUGGAUGAGAGCACAUCCCUGGGUUCUCUGGAGUCCAGUGUCUUUUGUAGCGAGGAGGAGCCAGGAUCCUUGGUGCAGCCGGUGACCCCAUCCUUGGACUGCAUCACAGUCAACGUGGGAGGUGCUCGCUUUGUGCUGUCCCAGCAAAAGCUGUGCUGCUACCCGGACACUCGGCUGGGCAAGCUGGCUGUAGUAGUAUCGGCUGCCCGAGAUGUUGCCGCCAGCCUCCUGGAUCUCUGCGAUGAUGCCAACUUGGUGGAGAAUGAAUAUUUCUUCGAUCGGAAUUCUCAGGCGUUUAGCUACAUCCAUAAUUAUUACCAGACGGGCAGGCUACAUGUGAUGGAUCAGCUGUGUGCACUUUCCUUCCUGCAGGAGAUUCAGUAUUGGGGGCUGGAUGAGCUCAGCAUCGAUUCCUGCUGUAGGGACAGGUACUUCAGACGGAAGGAAAUAAGCGAAGCUUUGGAUAUCAAGAGAGAUGCUGAAGAGCUAGAUGCCGAAGAUGAGGAAGAGGAUUUCUCUGGGAGCCUCUGCCCCAGUUUCCGGCAGAAGCUUUGGGAGAUAUUGGAAAAACCUGGGUCUUCUGUAGCUGCCAGGACCUUUGGCACAAUCUCCAUGGCCUUUGUCAUCAUCUCUAUUGCCAACAUGGCCCUGAUCUCAGUGGAACCGAGCUGGUUGCCACCACAGAUUCUCGAAAUCUUGGAGUAUGUGUGCAUUGCUUGGUUCACGGGAGAGUUUCUCUUGCGCUUCCUGUGUGCACAGAAUAGAUUCCACUUCAUGAGGAAUGUAGCUAACAUCAUAGACCUUCUGGCCAUUUUGCCCUUCUAUGUCACGCUGAUGGUAGAAAGCUUGCGUGGCAGGCAGAGCUCCCAGGACCUGGAAAACAUGGGACGUAUUGUUCAGGUGUUGAGGCUGCUGAGGGGUCUGCGCAUGUUCAAGUUGGGCCGACAUUCGACAGGUUUGCGAUCCCUUGGGAUGACCAUUGCACAGUGCUAUGAAGAGGUUGGCAUGCUCCUGCUUUUCCUCUCUGUGGGCAUCUCCAUCUUUUCCACAGUGGAGUACUUUGUGGAGCAAGGUGUCCACGGCACAACGUUCACAAGCGUGCCGUGUGCUUGGUGGUGGGCUACGACGUCCAUGACGACAGUUGGCUACGGAGACAUUAGACCAGACACAACAAUGGGCAAGAUAGUCGCAUUUGUGUGUAUAUUAUCCGGGAUCCUUGUCCUGGCUUUGCCGAUAGCCAUCAUCAAUGACCGCUUUUCUGCCUGCUACUUUACGCUGAAGAUAAAGGAAGCUGCUCUCCGCCAGCGCGAAGCCUUAAAGAAGCUCACAAAGAACAUGUCCAGCGAUUCCACUAUUAACAUUAAUUUACGAGAUAUAUACGCUCGAAGUGUCAUGGAUGUGUUGAGGCUAAAAAGCAGAGACAGAACAAGUACUAGGAGCAGUGGUGGAGAUGAGUUUUGGUUUUGAUUUAAAACAAAACAGUAGCAUGCAGGGGAAGCUAAUGUAGUACUAUCCAGAUGUUAUUAGAUUACAACAGGGGUUCCCAAACUGUGGCCCGUUAUCUUCAUUCAGGUGGUCUGCAGCAGAUCUGGGAAGAGCCAUGGGCACAGCAGCUGUGAUCAGCAGGCACAGCGGCUGCUCCUUAGAAUCUGGCAGUCCACCCAGAAGAUGAGCGAGACAGACCGGAGAAGGAGGCACUUGAAAGGGAUGGAGAGGAUUAGCAGUGAAGUGAAGGGGGGGGCUAGAAUUAAUGAGUUUGAUCUUGAUUGAACAAAAACAGCAUCAUACAGCAUCUAGCACAGUGCUACAAUUGCUACAACAGGCAGAAAAAUCGUUAAGUGAUCCACCAAGAGCUUCAGCAAUUUUCAAGUGGCCCAUGGGAGAAAAGGUUGGGAAAACUGGAUUACAACCCCCAUCAUUCCUUACCAUUGGCAACGCUGGCUGGGACCGAUGGAAGCUAGAGAGGACCACAUUGGCCAUCCCUGUUUAAGAUGUAUGUCUGACAGCCUCGAUAAUACUGUGUUGAAAACAAGGCUAACCUUUAAUAUUCUCUGCUAAUAAAUUUACUUGUUCAAGUUUUAGAGCAUAUGAUGACAACUAGCCUAGCCCAAAGGCUUAUUAAAAGCAAAAACUCUCAGGGUACCGACACUCACUCUUAAAAUAUAGAUCUUUCAUUGGGAUAACAUGGCUGAUCUGUCUACAUAAAAUUAUAUUUCAGUCAUUUGGUUAUAGCUCUUAUGCUUGCUCUAAUAUGCAAAAAGUAAAGUGUUAGCAAAAUGAAAAGUCUUGCGCUACUUUGUUUUAUAUUAUCAAGGGGGUGGUAUUUUUUGCAUUUAAAUGGAUCAAUGAAAAACUAUGCUGUGUAAUUUUUCAAAAACAUGAAAAGGGGAUAUACUACUAGAUACCUUAUGAAAGUUCCAUAAUUGGUGUCUUCUGUGUUACAUUUAAUAGCCAGAACAAGAGCUAA